AUGACUGACCCGUUCUCGCUCGUCACUGGGGUUGCUGGUCUUCUUUCCCUGGCUGGCACCGUUAUCAGUCAAUGUUACUGCUAUGGCUGUGCGGUGGCUGAGGCCCCCGAUGAAGCAAGGCGACUCGUGUCUGAAGUCACCAGCCUCAAUGGCAUUCUAUUGGGUGUGCAAGGGCUGGCUGCACAGACGGAUCUGCCAGAAUACCAGCUGGCUUCGGCGCUGAGGAACUGCAAGCUUGUAUUGGAAAAUGUGUCCACGAAACUGCAUAAGUUCUCUCCCAUUUCAAGCAAAUCGCCGGGCAAACGCGCAAUCAGUCGCCUUCUUUGGCCGCUGCGCAAAAAUGAGACGGAGGAACUCAUUACUGCCGUCGAGAGGCACAAAACUUCAUUGUCCCUCUCCCUGAGCUCGCUUUCAGCGGAGGCCCUUAUGAGUCAGAGUGCCACGUUAGAAACCGUCUCCGAGACCUUAACCGAGAUCAAACACAACAAUGCAGAGCACGAACGGAGGGACGUCUUGCACUGGCUGUGUGAGCAUCAUCAUGAGGCCCAGUUCCAGCGAGCAUAUCAACUUUACUGCAAGGACACAUGCAACUGGCUCCUCAACGACCCGGCGGUCCUCGACUGGUCCAAAGCCAGAUCUUCUCUGCUCUGGAUGCACGGUCAAGGAGGUUCAGGAAAGACAAUAGCCACAAGCUACCUCAUCCAACAUCUUUUGGACACAAAGCCCGCCGACUCCCUGUUGGCUUAUUUCUACUAUGAUGCCAGCACCAUUGAAAGUCUGACACCACAAACCUUCUUCGGCGCCAUUGUCAAGCAAUUCUGUUCGGAACUCCCACAACUACCCGUUCAAAUCAUUGAUGCAUACAGGCGCGCUUCAAGCCGUCUCGGCAGCCCCAACCAACCAAAUCUCAGCGAGUUGAAGUCCUUCCUACAGCUGCUGUUGUCAAUUGCCAAUCUGGCAACCAUUGUCAUUGAUGGUCUGGAUGAGUCUCCUGAUUACUCUGUGGUAGGCGACUUUUUGACCUCAACGGUGCGAUCUGGGAAGUACCCGCUGCGCGUCUUUAUUAGCAGUCGCCCAGAGAUGGAGCUACGUCGAUAUUUUCUUGGAUUCCAAGAUAUUCCUAUUCCCGAAGAAGCGGUUGAACGAGAUAUCAGCGUAUACAUCAAGAUGAGAAUCAAUAGUGAUCCGCGGCUUCGGCGAAUGAGCGAUAAUAUGAAGGGCUUCGUGGAAAUGACACUGCGAACAGACGCUAACGGGAUGUUUCGAUGGGUACAAUGCCAACUAGACGAAAUGUCCAGACUGAGGACCGAUGCUGCUCUGAAGCGAGCGCUAAAUCAGCUGCCUCCCAGCAUUGAGGGCUCGUACUUGCGCAUCAUCGACAGCAUUGUCCGGGAAGACAUCCCCUUUGCAACACGGACGCUGAUGUGGCUUGCCCAUGCUUCUACACCAUUGACUCUACCCGAGCUUGCUGAAGCUGUGGUUCUUGAACCAGGAUUUGACGAACUGGAUCCUGACUCGAAACUCAAUGAUCCCAACGACGUUCUUGAAAUCUGCCGCAGCUUAAUUGCCUUCAGCCCCGUUUCACAAACCGCGCGUCUUGCUCAUCACUCAGUUCGAGAGUUCCUCACGGGCAGGCUCGAUCCAUCUUCUGAAUUUUAUAUUCCCGCACAGGCAUCCCACCGCACCAUGGCUGAGGCCUGCAUCCGUUAUAUGCUUCUAGAGGACUUCUCGGAGGGUCCGUUGUUCAAGUCGGAUUUCAUGUGGACACUCUCCGAGUUCCCGCUCAUCCGAUAUGCGGCUCAAAACUGGCCGUUCCACGUGCAGAUGUCGGGUGAGGAGACCGAGUUGCUUCCUCUCAUUCGGAGACUGUUGACGACGCGUUCCAACCCCAAGUUUCUCUUUUGGCUCCAGGUUGUCCUCUUCGAUUCCUGGCACGGCUAUGUCCACCCGAACACGGACCUUGAGGCUGCUCGGCCACUCUAUUACGCCGCAUCGUACGGCCUGACGGAGACCGUGAGGAGCCUGGCAGAGGAAGGAGCUGACUUGAAUGAACAGGCUGGUCGAUACGGUGGUACUGCACUGCACGCUGCCGUGUGGCGGAAGCGGCCGGAGAUCGUCGACAUUCUCCUCGAUGCCGGCGCGGACCCAACCAUCCGGGACUACAACGGAGCUACUGCAGCAGAGCUCUCGCUUUUCAGCGGGACGAAGUUUUACAAGCGAAUUUACGACGAGAAGCGCAGCCAGGGGGGCUUAGCGCCGUUGGUAGAGAGCGUCAUUCGACUACGAGAAAAAGAGCUCGCCAUAUCGACGUCUCGGGAGUCUGAAGGUAACGCGGGAGAGGACGAUCUGCAAGCAGCGCCCACAGUAUUAUUACGUGUCGUUAAUGAGACAGAGGAUGCAUCCCCGGGGUCGUUGGACGAGAAACACUCCGUCAACCAUGGCACAGCUGAACCUCCCCUGCGAACCGUCCAAUAG